AUGGCUCGUGAGGAAGAGUUGGGCUUCGAUAUUCUGAUGAGGAGAAUCAGCUGCGUGUGCCUACACAUGGCCAAUGUGUCGAGUAUGGAAACGCGAACAACUCAUAUACUUUCUGCGUCGUACCUGCUGGCUCUGAGCACGUCGAGAAGCACCCUUUUACGUACGCAGGUGCAACGUGUGCUGCAGCUCGACGACCGAAAGAAGUUUAUGAUAAUUCCAAUAACUAUGGGCCGAUUCAUAUGGUCACAAAUAUCUGGGACAUUGAGAUUGCCAAGGUUACUCCCAAUGGCCUUACAUCAGGCAUCGUGGCACGGCAAGCAGGCUGUGAUCACAUCAAGUCUCGUCAGGAGGCCCUGUGCCUUGGACUUAUACGAUAUGACGCGCGUGGUCCUUCACCCCAAAGGUGCUGGUAAAGGGAUUGCCAGUAUGAAUGAACACAACAUCGAUAGAGCGAAGGGAGUAACUACCUUGAGUGUUGUCGGCGGGGAAGCAAUUGUCUGGUCAGAGCUGUGA